GUGACAUCAAAUAAACCGGUCCUCCCUUCCUCACAUUUGUUGCUUUCAGCGAGGCUGCCAUCCUCCCAUAAAAUUAAUUGACAUAGCGGGCUCUCUGUUAUAUAAUAACAAGAUGAAGCUGUCACGCAGGCCAUUCACGUGCGUGCAGUGCCUGCUCUCGCGGCCGCAGCAGCCUCGACCGCGUCAGUUCCACGGCAGCUCCCGCCUCCGCUCCGCCGCCGCCGCCACUGCCGACCCGGCAACCAUCCGGCCGACGAUCGCCCCCAAGGCCGUCGUCGACAUCAAGCACAUCCGGCAGAACCCGGCGCUGUACGAGCGCAACUGCGUCGAGCGCAACUACAAGGCGCAGGCGGCCUACCCGGCCCGCAUCAUCGAGCUCUUCGACCAGUGGCAGGCGCGCCAGCGCGACGGCCGCGCCCUCCGCGAGCGGUCCAACCUGCUCCGGCGCGAGCUCGCCAACCCGGCGACGACACGCGGCGACUCCGGCGGCGACGAGGAGGCCGCCGCGCUGCGGGACCUGCGCGCGCGGCCCCGCGACGCCGUCCUCGCCGAGGCGCGCGACCUCAAGGACCGCAUCGCUGUCAUCGAGGCCGACGAGGGCGCCCUGACCGACGAGAUGCAGCGCCUCGCCGUCGCCAUCCCCAACCUGACCAGCGACGCCACGCCGCGCGGCUCCGAGCCCUUCGUGCUGGGCUACAUCAACGAGCACCCCGAGGGCGAGGCCGCCGCGGCGUCGGACCGCAUCUGGCGCUCGCACGUGCACAUCGGCGCCGAGCUGGGCCUGCUCGACUUCGCCGGCGCGGCCACGACCAGCGGGUGGGGCUGGUACUACCUCCUGGGCGAGGCGGCGCAGCUGGAGCAGGCCCUGGUGGCGUACGCGCUGGCGACGGCGACGCGCUCCGGCUGGACGCAGGUCAGCGCCCCGAGCGUCGUGUACGGCCACAUGGCGGCGGCGUGCGGGUUCCAGCCCCGCGACGCCCACGGCGAGCAGCAGGUCUACGGCAUCGCGCAGUCGCGCGCCGACGCCGAGCGCGGGCGACCCGAGCUCGUGCUCGCCGGCACGGCCGAGAUCCCGCUCGCGGGGAUGAAGGCCGACGCCGCGCUCGACGAGUCGGAGCUGCCCCUGCGCCGUGUCGGCGUGUCGCGCUGCUUCCGCGCCGAGGCCGGCGCCCGGGGAGUCGACACAAAGGGCCUGUACCGCGUGCACGAGUUUACAAAGGUGGAGCUGUUCGCCUGGUCGGCGCCCGACGGCGCGUCGGCGGCCGACGUCUUCGACGAGAUGGUCGACAUGCAGACCGAGAUGCUGCAGUCGCUCGGCCUGCACUGCCGCGUCCUCGAGAUGCCGAGCCACGACCUCGGCGCCUCGGCCACGCGCAAGUGCGACAUCGAGGCCUUCUUCCCGUCCCGCCGCGAGCGCAACGGCGGCUGGGGCGAGGUCACCAGCGCCAGCAUCUGCACCGACUACCAGACCCGCCGCCUGGCCACGCGGGUGCGCGUCGACGGCAAGAUGACCUACCCCUGGACCGUCAACGCCACGGCCAUGGCCGUGCCGCGUGUCCUGGCCGCCCUGCUCGAGAACGGCUGGGACGAGUCCGACAUGACGGUGACGAUACCCGAGGUUCUGCGCCCGUGGAUGGACGGCAAGGAAAAGAUUGGGCGGAGGAAGAUUCGGUAGCCAGAGAGCCCAGCGUAUUAUGUGCCAUUACUGUUAUAUCCUCCUUAAUUCUACAUGCUGUAUUGUGUACGCCACCUGGAGUGGAGCUGUCAGUUGUAUCCGUGCUGUUGACAUCAUAAUGUGGCCUCGGGGAUAAUUAGACCCCUCUCUUUGUCGUGAGGAUAGAUAGAGAGAGGUAGGUAUGCAAGCAUGCAACAUAGGCCGAUGAGUUCGAGGAAGUAAUAGGAAUCAAACAACAUCAAAUUGACUCUGAAUGGUCUCGACACUAAAGUACCUAAGCUCCAUCGACCUGAGAAUACCCCUGAGAAUACAAUACCCGAGUCCGUGCAAUCAUCAGGAGUAAAUAAACUGCAAACAAGCGCAACCAGCCUUUACCAAGGCUUUUAACUACAAUCUGCCAGCGAUGUCUCGAACAACCUACCCAAUACUGCAU